CACAUGCUGGAGAACUCACCACGCUCCAUAAAAAUGAAGGGGGUAACAGUUUCCAUCACUGUUGCGGUAUAAAAGGUUCUCUUUGGAUUGUCUGCCGGUGGCUGCUAAGAUGGAUCAGUUUCUCCCUGUUCCUGUUUGCGAUGUGCUGAAGGAUCCGGAUUUACUGAAAUACUGACGCCCAUGAACUUAUUCCCUCUGUGCUGAAGCCAUCGGAUGUGACAGUGCAGAGAAACAUGUGUUUCACAUUUCUGACUGGUUGUUUUGGUGCAAUCAAUACCUCCAGAAGAAACAUUGACUUAGGUGGCGACUGUCAUAGCGGGAGGCACACGGAGCUCUGCUCCCGGCUUGCAGGCGGAGCGAGCACAAAUCAAAGAGCCCGCCGAUCCCGGCGAGUGGGGGCUUCGCUUCCCCCCGGAGUGCGAGGCACAGGCUCCCGACCCUCCACAGAGAGCCCGGCCCGCGGGUGCGGAAUGAGCGAUGACCAAAGCGCUGUCAGGAGUGGCAGCCAGUCGGAUCGGAUGGGGAUCAGUGAGGCAAUGCCGGUUGAAAGAAACGUGGAUCGCAAAAUUAUUGCCCGAAGGAAUAGCAGGCGAGGCGGAAUGAUGAUAAAGUUAAACUUCUGUUUCAUCUUCUGUCGGGGAUGGUGGGCGUUUCUGUUGCUUCAGCUCCACAUGUUGCAAGCACUGGCACAAGGGGAUGUUGCACCAUUCUUCAAGACAGAACCAGGCUUGCCCCAGAUCCACCUGGAAGGAAACCGACUGGUCCUUACGUGCCUUGCCGAAGGCAGCUGGCCCUUGGAAUUCAAGUGGUUGCACAACGACAGUGAAAUAACCUCCUACUCCAGUGAAUACAAGUACAUCAUCCCAGCUCUGCAGAGGGCGGAUGCUGGCUUCUACCAGUGCAUCGUGAGGAACAGGAUGGGGGCUCUGCUGCAGAGGAGAUCCCAAGUGCAAGUGGCAUACAUGGGGGAUUUCAUGGACACGGACCAGAGAAAAACAGUGACUGAAGGACAAGCUGCUGUUCUGAACUUCCCACACAUCCUCAGCCAUCCGAGGCCCCAAGUGACUUGGUUUAGAGACGGACACAAGAUUAUACCAAGCAGCAGAAUAGCCAUCACUCUGGAGAACCAGCUGGUGAUCCUGGGGGUGUCAGUGGCGGAUGCAGGAGGUUACUACGUCCAGGCAGUCAACGAGAAGAACGGCGAGAACAAGACCAGUCCCUUCAUUCAUCUCAGCGUGGCACGUGCCAGCAGCCCCUCGGACAGCGCGGGCCCUGCCCUGGUCAUCCGCCCGCACAACAGCAGCGUGGUGUCGGGGAGCAGCGAGGCCACCCUGGAGUGCGUGGCCAACGCCAGACCUCUUGAGAGGCUGAGCGUGACCUGGAAAAGAAAUGGAAUCAAGAUCACCAGUGGCAUCAGCAGCUUUGGGAGACGCCUCACUAUCACCAACCCGACCUCUGCUGAUGUGGGGAUGUACUUCUGUGAAGCCAAACUCAGAGAGAGCACAGAGGAGCCAGCAAGAGCGAAAGCUUUUCUUUCUAUAUUGGAACCUCCGUACUUUACGGCCGAACCCCAGAACGUGAUUCUGGCUGAGGUGGAGAAGGACGUGGACAUCCUGUGCCAGGCCAUGGGCGUUCCCAUCCCCACCCUGGUGUGGUACAAGGACUCAGUUCCCCUCAGCAGGCUGCAGAACCCCCGGUACAAGGUGCUGCUGAGCGGGGGGCUGCGCAUCCACGCGCUGCGCCCGCAGGACGCCGGCAUCUUCCAGUGCUUCGCCAGCAACCAGGCUGGGGAGAUCCACACCUACACCUACCUGGAUGUCACCAACAUCAAGCCAGCUUUUAUCCAGCCCCCGGAGGACACCACAGUCACCGAGGGGAUGACUGCGGUGCUGACCUGUGAAGUUUCAGGGGCUCCACGACCUGCCAUCUCCUGGAAGAAAGGAGAGCAGAUCUUAGCCAGUGGCUCGGUGCAGAUCCCUCGCUUCGUUCUCCUCGAGUCUGGAGGGCUCCAGAUAACGCCCGUGUUCCUGCAGGAUGCCGGCAAUUACACUUGCUGUGCAGCCAACUCUGAAGGAGCUCUGAAUGCUUUUGUGAUGCUGACAGUGUGGAAUCGCACUUCCAUCGUCCGCCCUCCCGAGGACAGCACGGUGAUCAAAGGAACCACGGCCACCCUGCACUGCGAGGCCACUCACGACCCCAGAAUUUCAAUCAGGUACCUUUGGAAGAAGGACAGUGCUGUAAUAAAUCCAUCUAGCAGUUCCAGGAUCACAGUAGAGAAGGACGGGAGCCUCCUCAUCAGCCAGACGUGGUCGGGUGACAUCGGGGAUUACACCUGUGAGGUCAUUUCUUCUGGAGGGAAUGACUCCAGGACAGCUCGGCUGGAAGUGAUUGAGCUGCCUCACUCCCCUCAGAACCUGGUGGCCACCCUGAACUCCUCCUACAGCCGCAGCGUGAUGCUCUCCUGGGUGCGCCCCUUCGACGGCAACAGCCCCGUGCUCUACUACGUGGUGGAGCUCUCUGAGAACAAUUCCCCCUGGAAGGUUCACCUGUCAAACCUUGACCCGAAGAUGACCGGUGUCACUGUGAGUGGCCUCACUCCGGCCAGGACCUACCAGUUCAGGGUGUGUGCAGUCAACCAGGUGGGAAAGGGCCGCUACAGCACUGAGACCAGCAGGUUGAUGCUACCUGAGGAGCCCCCCAGUGCCCCCCCUAAAAACAUCGUGGCCAGUGGGAGAACCAAUCAGUCCAUCAUGGUGCAGUGGCAGCCUCCUCCUGAGAGUGAGCACAACGGGGUUCUUCACGGCUACAUCCUAAGGUAUCGCCUGGCCGGCCUCCCGGGGGAGUACCAGUACAAGAACAUCACCGGCGCAGAAAUCAACUACUGCCUGGUGAAAGACCUGAUCAUCUGGACCCAGUAUGAAAUCCAGGUGGCAUCUUACAACGGAGCUGGGCUGGGAGCCUUCAGCAGGCCCGUGACAGAGUACACGCUGCAGGGAGUGCCCACAGCUCCACCUCAGAACGUGCAGGUUGAGGCCGUGAAUUCGACAACCAUCCAGUUCUUCUGGAACCCUCCACCCCAGCAGUUCAUCAACGGCAUCAACCAAGGAUACAAGCUCCUGGCGUGGCCAGUGGAUGCUCCAGAGAGUGUGACCGUGGUCACCAUCGCUCCGGAUUUCCACGGUGUUCACAGCGGCUGCAUCACCAACCUGAAGAAAUUCACCGCCUACUACACGUCGGUGCUGUGCUUCACCACGCCGGGGGACGGCCCUCGGAGCCCUCCCCAGCUCCUGCGCACCCUGGAGGACAAGCCGGGAGCCGUGGGACACCUGAGUUUCACUGAGAUUCUGGACACCUCGCUCAAGGUCAGCUGGCAAGAACCUGUAGAGAAAAAUGGCAUCAUCACAGGGUACCAGAUCUCCUGGGAGGUGUAUGGCAGGAACGAGUCCCGCCUGGCCCGCGCCCUGUCCAACAGCACCCUGGAGUACAAGAUCACGGGGCUGGCCUCCCUCACCACCUACACCAUCGAGGUGGCCGCCGUCACCGCCCAGGGCAGCGGCUGGGUCACCUCCUCCACCAUCUCUUCGGGAGUGCCCCCAGAACUUCCAGGUGCUCCAACCAACCUGGUGAUUUCCAACAUCAGCCCUCGCUCUGCCACACUUCAAUUCCGCCCAGGAUACGAUGGCAAAACCUCCAUCUCCAAGUGGAUAGUGGAAGGCCAGGUUGGUGUGCUGGGUGAUGAAGAAGAAUGGGUGACUCUUCAUGAGGUGGAGAAUGAACCUGAUGCUCAGAUGCUGGAGGUACCAAACCUCACUCCUUACACUCACUACAGGUUCCGGAUGCGGCAGGUGAACGUGGUGGGCUCCAGCCCCCUGAGCCAACCCUCGCGGGUCAUCCAGACGCUGCAGGCCCCGCCGGACGUGGCACCCGGCAGCGUCACCGUGCGCACGGCCAGCGAGACCAGCCUGUGGCUGCGAUGGGUGCCCCUCCCUGACACGCAGUACAACGGGAACCCCGAGGCGGUGGGGUACAGGGUCAGGGCGUGGCGCCUGGAGCCGCCGUCCCCAGCCCUGCUGAAGGUCAUCGGCGACCGCCUGGCGCGGGAGUGCACGCUGGAGGAGCUGCAGGAGUGGACGGAGUACGAGCUGCAGGUCCAGGCCUUCAACGCCAUCGGGGCAGGGCCCUGGAGCGAGCCCGUCAGAGGUCGGACGCGGGAGUCGGUUCCCUCUGCUCCUCCUGAGAAUGUCUCUGCUGAAGCCGUGAGCUCCACCCAGAUCCUGCUGACCUGGGCAGCAGUUCCUGAGUCUGAGCAGAAUGGUCUCAUCCUGGGCUACAAGAUCCUUUACAAAGCAAAGGAUUUGGACUCGGAACCCAAGAGCCAAACGGUGAGGGGGAACCACAGCCAGUCAGUGCUGCUCUCAGGCCUGAGGAAGUUUGUGCUCUACGAGCUGCAGGUGCUGGCGUUCACCCGCAUUGGGGAUGGGGUCCCCAGCUCCCCUGCAGUCACUGAGAGAACCAAGGAUGAUGCCCCCGGGCCCCCCGUGAAGCUGGUGUUCCCCGAGGUGAGGCUGACGUCCGUGCGCAUCGUUUGGCAGCCGCCGGAGGAGCCCAACGGCGUUAUCCUGGGGUACCAGGUCGCCUACCGCCUGGCCAGCAGCAGCCCCAACAAGUUCACCACGGUGGAGGUCGGCUCCACAGUCCGGCAGUUCACGGCUACAGACCUGAGCCCAGAGUCAGCCUACAUCUUCAGGACCUCUGCCAAGACCAGGCAGGGCUGGGGGGAGCCUCUGGAAGCCACGGUGAUCACCACUGAGAAACGAGAGCGACCAGCACCUCCCAGGCAGGUGAUGACCCCCCAGGGCGACGUGUCCUCCCGCAGCCUGGUGCUGACGUGGGUCCCCGGCAGCGACGGAUCCUCGCCAAUCCGAUAUUUCACCGUGCAAGUGCGGGAGCUGCCGCACGGGGACUGGCAAACCUACUCCUCCUCCAUCAGCCACGAGGCCACGUCCUGCAUUAUCGAAAGCUUGAACCCGUUCACCUCCUACAAGCUGCGAGUGAAAGCCACCAACGACAUCGGGGACAGCGACUUCAGCGCGGAGACAGAGGCAGUCACCACCCUGCAGGAUGUUCCAGAUGAACCACCCAGCUCUGUCUUGGUAACUCCCCACACAACUUCCUCUGUCCUUGUGCAGUGGCAGCCCCCCAAAGUGGAGAGUCUGAACGGGCUCCUGUUGGGAUACCGCAUCUACUACCGGGAGCUGGAUUACGACGCCGGGCCUGGGACGGAAUCCAAAAACAUCCAGAACCCCUCAGCUCUACGAGCAGAGCUCACGCCCCAAAGCAGCUUCAAGACAGUGAACAGCAGCUCUGCAUUAACGACGUAUGAAUUAACACAAUUGAAGAAGUACAAGAGAUAUGAAGUACUAAUGACAGCAUAUAAUGUCAUUGGUGAGAGCCCUACCAGCACACCAGUGGAAGUGUUUGUGGGUGAAGCAGCACCGGCACUGGCCCCACAGAACAUCCAAGUGAACUCCCUUUCUGCAAGCCAGCUGGAGCUCACCUGGGACCCUCCUCCUGCCGACAGCCAGAACGGGAUCAUCCAAGGCUACAAGAUUUAUUACUGGGAGAGCGACGCUCUGAACGACACGGAGAAGGUGAAGGUCCUUUUCCUCCCCGAGACAAGCGUGCGGCUCAAGAACCUGACGAGCCACACGCAGUACCUGGUCUGCAUCUCCGCCUUCAACGCGGCUGGGGACGGCCCCCGGAGCAGCCCCGCCCAGGGCAGGACGCACCAGGCAGCACCCAGUGCUCCCAGCUUCCUGGCCUUCUCUGAAAUCACCUGCACUACCCUCAACGUGUCUUGGGGCGAGCCAACAGCAGCAAAUGGAGUCCUGCAGGGUUAUCGAGUCGUCUACGAGCCUCUGGCUCCUGUCCAGGGGGUGAGCAAGGUGGUGACUGUGGACAUUAAGGGGAACUGGCAGCGCUGGCUGAAGGUCCGGGAUCUCACCAAGGGCAUGACCUAUUUAUUCCGAGUGCAAGCCCGAACCAUCGCCUACGGACCUGAACUGCAAGCCAACAUCACAGCUGGACCAGCAGAAGGGUCUCCUGGCUCCCCUCAGGAAAUCCUGGUGACAAAAUCUGCUUCAGGGCUGACGCUGCAAUGGACUGAGGGAGAUUCGGGAGAAAAACCCACAACUGGCUACAUUAUAGAGGCACGACCCUCAGAUGAAGGACUCUGGGACAUGUUUGUGAAGGACAUCCCUCGCAGCGCCACCUCCUACACAGUGGGCCUGGACAAACUCAGACAAGGUGUCACCUAUGAGUUCCGGGUGGUGGCUGUCAACGAAUUUGGCUAUGGAGAGCCAAGUGUUCCUUCUGUGGCAGUAUCAGCACAAACAGAAGCCCCUUUCUAUGAGGAGUGGUGGUUUCUGCUGGUGAUGGCUCUCUCAAGCCUUAUCCUUAUCCUGCUGGUGGUGUUUGCAUUGGUCCUGCACGGCCAGAGCAAGAAGUACAAGAGCUGCAAUGGAGGUAAAACCAUCUCCAACGUGGAAGAGUCGGUCACUCUGGAUAACGGAGGCUUCACUGCUUUGGAGCUCAACAGCAGACACCUGAACAUCAAGAGCACCUUCUCAAAGAAAAAUGGAACCAGGUCUCCUCCUCGGCCAAGCCCAGGAGGGCUGCACUACUCUGAUGAGGAUAUCUGCAACAAGUACAACGGGGCUGUGCUGACCGAGGGCUUGGGCCUCAACGAGAAGCCCCUGGAAGUGUCAGAGUCAGAGGUGACUGACUCGGAUUACGAGGACGAGCUGCCCAAGCACUCCUUCGUGAACCACUACAUGAGCGACCCCACCUACUACAACUCGUGGAAGCGGCAGCAGAAAGGGGUGAAGCAACACCCGGCGUCGUACAGAUACGAGGAGUGCACGGCCAGCGAGACAGAACCCUAUUUCCAGACUGUCAUCACCACACAGAGCUCAGGAGGGGUGUACACCCCGACGGGACAGCCCGCGCCCGGCUCCCGGACUCCAGUGACAGGAUUCUCCUCCUUUGUCUGAGCGGGGCUGGGGACACGGAGGGACAGUCGCAGGGACCGUGUGUGCGUGGCUGAACUCUGGGGGACCUCUCUUAUCAGGGUAGAAACGGAUGGGAACACACCUGAGGCUGGGUUGUUGGUGUUUUUGGUUGGGGUUGUGUGGGGGUUUUUUUGUUGUUGUUGUUUUGGUUUUGUUGGGUUUUUUUUCUUUCUGAAGACAAUCAACUCUAUAAAAACACGGAGCUGAACUAGCUGAACCUUUGUUUAAGAAAACGAAGAGACAAAAAAAGGAAUUCCGAACAGCGAUGAUUUUAACCACUUGUGAAUAGUAGGGGUUUUUUAACCGCUUUUUGUAACUCUGCUUCAGGAAGCAGCUCCCAUGCCCUCCCCUCUUUCUUUCUCUCCUCUCCUCCUGUCGCACUGCUCCCAAACAAGCAGGUGACUUCCCUAGAUGCAAUGAGUGACUUUGUGAUGUGAUUUGAAGAGAAAACAUAAAUCCUCCCAGGCUCCUUUUUCUUCCUUUUUCUCUACUCUCUCUCCUUUUUUUUUUUUUUUUUCCUCCUUUUUCUCAUCUUUUUAAUUUCUCUCUGUCAUCAAGGUUAAGUAGUAAAACACAGAAAUGGACGUGUUUUUAGAUGAAAAGCAGACACGUCCUCUCUUCUUCUCGCUGCUCCACACAUUAGGAGCACUGGCUGAUCAAUGUAGGCUCAGAUGUGUCACUGUGUCUGCUCUAAGCUCACUGCCGGUGUACUUAUAUUGAAUUACUGACCUGCUUUUCUUUCUUCUUCAAAUGGGACCUGCUGCAUUCUUUAGAUAUUCCAACUCCAGGGCCUUUGGAAGAGGAGAUGGCUCAAAAGAGCCCUGUAGGAAGUGGUGGGUGAAGCAGGUGGGAAGAUUUCAGAUGUAAGGUCAGUUUCUUUGUGGUAUGGUUCUAAUCCUCCUUGUGGACUGUGUGUACCAUUUGAAUCAGUCAUUUUCUAAAAGUCGUCAUUUUCUAAAAGUCAAAGGACACAACCCAACAAGCCAGAGGAAUAUUCCAAUUAAAAUUGCAGUGACAACCUAGAGAGUUUACUAAUUGAUGAGGGUUUUGACCAUCAGAGUUUUACCAUGCCCUGCCAACAGAAGUUGACCAUCCUUUCUCACCCAGACUGGUCUGUAAAAAAAAUACACAGUGGCAGGGUUUGCUCAAUUUUAUUUUUCAUAUAAAGACACACCACACAGACUGGGUGAGUUUUGGUGUCCACAGGUGCCUUUUACUGAUUCUGCAGCUUCAUAUCUGGGAGAAGCAAAAAAAAGUGUCUCCAAAUAAAGCUAACCAGGUAUUUCAGGCACUGGGCUCAUGAAUUACCUUGUGCACGUUUACAGCCUGCUCUGUGCACUUGAAACUACCGCCUUUGGAAAGAAAAGAGGAGAGUUUUAGUUUAUUUCCCAUCCUUUUGUACAGCUCACUUUUUGUUUUCUUCUUUUCUAUCCUUUUCCUGAGUCUGUCAUGUUUAGUAGCAAGUUUUUUAUUCACGAGGAAGUUGUCAGUCACAUUGAAAGAAUCCAAGUCCAGCCCUUGGAUGUAGCAACAGUCCUGGGUCACCAGACUUUUUAUCAUGAGAGUCUGAAAGAUGAAUUUGGAAGUAGGAGACUCCUUGCCAGGCCAGGAUCUGGCACUUCCUUCCAGGUGGAUAAGCCAGGAAAAUUGGUGCUUGCUAAUGUCCUGUCAAGGCUCACGUGGGCACUGGUGCCAUAGAAAAUUGUCCCUGUCCUCUCAAGGGGUGUGGGACACCUGUGGCAGGGGGAGGUGGUGUCUUCAGAGCAGGUUGUUGAAACCAGGCUGCCCAGGGGCCAGGUUGGGAGUGUCCUGGUGGCACCUCACCACAACAGCUGAGGUCCAAGGGCCAGCUCAGCCUUGCUGUCACCUUUCAGUGCCUCUUGGACAGGGCAAAGGAUCUCAGAACUGCUCUCACUCUUUGGCACUGCCUCCGAGCACUGCUGCUCUUGCUGCAUGCAGACUCUGCAUAGCUUUGGCACUGGAUUGCUGCUCCUCUCCAAAGGUUCCAGGAAGAGAAAGUUCAAAACCAAAAACUCCAGUGGGUGUGUUUAAGGGCUUUUGAGUUUGGGAUAAUGAUCUGCAGCUCAUUAGAUGACAAGGGACUCGCAAAGACACGGCUGAGCCAAAUCCCUGUGAGUCAUCCCCCUCUCUGCACCUGGGUAGGAUGUGUGUGGGAUGGAGACGGGGCUCCAAAGAGGAUGUCUUGGAGUGUGCUGUGAAGAGGAAUGCAAAGCAAACAAAAAACCCACUGCCUUCUGUGCACUUUGACUGUUCUCUUAAGCCAUAUGGACUUUGCUUUAAUUACUGAACUGCCAAAAUUUGUUUUCAGACUGCGUUUUUUGUUUCUUAGAAUUAUCUACGUGACUUUCUGAUUUGUUUUCCUUUUCCUUUGUCAUUUCCUGCAUCAGAUUACAUAUUUUAAACACGUUGUUUUUAUACAUUUGACACAGCAGUGCAAUUGCUCUUGGAAUUUUAAUGGCGCUUGUCCAACAGGUGUAAGAGGUAGUGCUGCAGGAGAAGCCCUUCAAGAACCACUGAGGACUUUAGGGAUGUAAAUUAGUAGGAAGUAGAUGGAACACUGAAGACUUUGCUCCAAAGGAAAGCAUAAUGUAACUCCACAUCUCCUGAAUAUUGCCAGAUCUCAGUGGGUGUAAGAUGCAGUUACUCCUUGGGGCUGAUCUGAUACCACAUUGAGAAAAAAACAAGAAAACCACGGGGAAUAAAGGAAAUGUGGCCACUGCUCCACUGAAGGACAACAUGGGGAGCAGCACGACCUAUACAAAGCGAGGAGAAGAGACUGUUCCUUUUUUCUCAGAACCAGCUGCAACUAAAAAGCCUGAGCUUGCUGAGGACCUGCUGAGUCGGCUGUGUGGCUCUUUUCUUCUGACUGCUGUCAAAAUAACAGGUUAGGUGUGAUUCCUUUAGGACCUGUAGAUCUCAACAAAGGUAUUCCUGUUCCAUUCUCGUCCACACUGUUGUCACUCUUGGUUGUGCUGUGUUCAGGAGCUGGCUUUUGUGACACGUGGGUUCAUUUUCGAUAGGCAGUUGCAGAGUGAGGAGGUGCAGAGCCCUGCUCAGCCCUCAGCUGAGCACAGGACGUGUUCUCUGCUGCACAGGAUCCUGUGUCGCUCCGUGUGUGAUGCCUCCACCUUGCUAACACGCUCAGCUUGUAAAAUAUGGUUAAUAGGUGGGUUUUAUUUACUUCACAUAUCAGGGAAAUUGUUUUAUCUGGAAGGAAAUACUCCAUCAGUUAGGAAGAAAGCUCUAUUUCAUUGCUGCAAUCUUUGGGAAUUGCAGCCUUGAAAUACAACUUUUAAACAUUAGUUGUCACGUUACAGUAACUUUACCCAUUGAAUUCACUUCCAUUUCCAUCUUCCUGUUUAGAAUAGUCUUGAAAAAUGAAGGCUUACGUUUAAAAUGCCUUCUUAGGAUAUUUCAUUUUUAUUUAUUUAUUUCCUCUCCCCUGUUUCCCAGGUCUCUUGGUGACUGUCACUGAAAAAUAGAAGUAGCAUCACGAAAUGGCCAAGGGAGACGUUUCAGGGAAUGGUUUAAUAGCAGCUUGUUUUUCAUGCAAUAGCCAUAACAAUACCCAGUCUCCUGCAGGUAAAAAGUGCCCAAGCCUCCACCUCCUGCCAGGGCUGAGGUGACACCAGUCACCACUGCCAGCAACGCUCCCAGCCCCAAGCCUCAGGUUGUCCGUGUCAUAAAUCACGUGCAAAAGUGCACACAUGAAAGGAGCUGCGCUGUUCCAGCCCACUCCAAGUGGAGCAUUUUAUCCCCCCAAAAUCGUGUCACACGUGGAGUGUCCCCACCAUGGCCACUCCCACACCCUUGGGCGGAGUAUUUUCCAUUCCUACCUUUCAAUGUUCUGAUGUUUGGGCAGGGCCGGCGCUGUGGUGACAAGGGACAGGAGAGGGCACUCCUUUGCUUUCAUCAGUGACAGUCUCUUACUCCCUUCCCUGGGAGUCACUCGUGUGGCAUGCCAUGAGGGCAGGGAAAGGUGAGAGCAAAGGCUUUCAUCAGCAUUUACUAAAGGAAUCACACUUUGCCCAGCGAUCCCACUUUUGGGAGCAGUUGGCAUGACUGGAGAGAAGAAAAAAAAAUACACAGAAAAGCAACUAAUCUACUACUCAAAAUUAUUUCUUUUACCUCUUCAUUUUAAGUGUUAAAACCAGUGAUGUUUUGCAGAUGGGCCAAGAACUUAUUUUUCUUUCUUAUAUCAAGGUCUCUGCCAGAAGCUGCUGUAGCAAUUGUUUGGACAUGGGAAUGCAUUUAUUAUCCUUGCCAUUGCUUCCCUCAAGAAAUCCAUUGGGUCAUCCAAAGAUUACCUAAUCUGCUUUCCAAAAAGGGAGGAGAGAGAGAGAUUUUUAUACAUACAGAGCACUGGUGUCUUCUCCCACACAUUGCUUUCUGAUAUACCGGGCAACUUGUUGGAGAAAAAUCCUUUUGGAAAAGGAAUUUAUCGGAAACUUUAAAAGAAAUAAAACAACCACAUAAGAAAGAUAACCUCUGGCAGAGGCACGAGAAAUCUUGAAGUCUGUGAUGUGUAAGAGUCACCAAGAUGCCAAGACCUGUUGUUUUUACUGAUCUCCUGUACCAGUAGCAGCCAGGAGAGCGCACGCAGUGAGGAGUGAUGUUUGGAAAGGAAGAGCCGCAGAGCUGCCGGGACACGGGCAGGUUGUACUGCAGACAGCUCCACUCAGCCUGGAGUUCCUGCUAGUUCAGUCACAUUCCUUAGGUUGCUUUUAUAGCCUGCUGCCAGUGCAUGUGAAAUCUACACAUUGUCAAGGUGUUCCUAGAAGCUAUGAGGUUACUGGAGGUGGGGAAAGCUUUGUUGGUGAGGUGUUCAAAGCAAGCCACACGUGUGAUGAUGUGGUUCUACCAAACCCAUUGAAAUCUCCUUAUGGAAACCACCCUUGAAUCAGGAGCAUGUUCAGUUCAAGACUGAACAGGAUGGGCCUGAAAUGCUUCCACCUGACAAGUCAUAGAACCGCAGAAUGGUUUGGGUUGGAAGAGAUCUUUAAGAUCACCUUCUCUGAACCUCACUGCCACGGGCAGGGACACCUUCCACUAGACCAGUCUGCUCCAAGCCCUGUCCAACCUGGCCUUGGACACUUCCAGUCCCUUCUGUUCUUUUUAUUUCUGUACUCCUUUUGUCCUCCCCCUGCCCUCCCAGAAAAGGAAAGCUGCCUUGCACUUUGUGCAGGUGUAGAGUGUGCCGCGCCCAACAGCAGAGCCACAGUGGAUAAGCACACGCGUGACACUUGGGACAGGUGAGAUUUGUUUGAACAAGGAGUGAAGUACCAUUAGCACUUGAGGUUCAGGCUCUGACUCAGAAUUUUAUCUUCUCAAAGCUGCCACAUGCCCACUUUAAAUGGCCUUGGGGCCUCAAGACUUGACAGGAAAUUCAUUAUAUCAAUGCUGUUUGAUCACUGUGCACUUUCUUGGGGCUUGAAUCACUGGAUACAGAGAUAGGAAUGGGGUUACAGAGCUUUAUAUCAAGGUGUUUUCCCAUUUGUGUCAAAUUCACUGGAUUUGGGAAUUUCUGCUACCAUGGAAUGGUGGUGUUCUGCAGGUGGGAAGUGCCACCAGGCUCCUUUUGAUGUCAUUAGGCCCCUGGGCCGUGCUGGGGCCUGUCACAGUGCAGCAGGAGCUCUCAGGUAGCAGAAAGGUGCAAGAACCCCAUAUUCUGGUGAGUUUGUAGCUGGUCACUUUGCCUCUCUCGGGCUGGAGUCCGUCCUCUGAUUUGGUAUCAGCUAUGGGGUUGGGCCACCUCACACAGCUGUGUCUGAGUGACCCUCCGGUGUACUCUGGUUAUUGGAUCAUUGCUUUUAACUCAGUGUCUCCUUGGAGAGCUGCCCUGGAUUUUUGUUCCACACCUCUUGUUAGCCUCACUUUCACCACUCCACUAUUUUAUAUGAGAAAGUUACUUCUUCUUUUGCAAACUUGCUUCUGAUUAAAAGAACCCUUU